UGGCAAGCACAAUGAGCUCUUGGCAGCCUGACUCAAGGAGCACCAGGCAUUCCCUGAUUGACGAGCAGUUCUCCCCAUUAAGAAACUCCUACCAACUGUCUAAGAGAUAUCAACCUUCAAAAGUACUCCAAGAUGAGCUUGAGCAGUGCAAGGAGCAACUAGGACAGUGGGAGGUGAGAGCAGUCGCCGCAGAAACAGAGGUAACUAGCCUUGGAUUCCAAAAGGUUGCCAUGGAGCUUGAUAUUGCCAAGUACAAGGAGCAGGUUGAGAACCUCACUCAAGAGCUCAACUCUGAGAAGGCUAAGAGUCACAAGAGUGGUGUGACAGUGUUAAAGAAGAUAGCUCAUAUCAAAGGUGUCCUGACAAAACAAAUGGACGAGCUUAAUAAGAGUGAGAGGGAAGCCAGGCUGAGUCUGGAGAACGUCCAGCAAUCUGUUGGUCUUUUCAAGAGUGGAGCUCUAUCGAAAGAGGCAUUCUUUUCUCAAGUGGAAACUAUUUUUGAUCUUAUCAACAACAGAAAAAGUCGUCCCAAAAACGGAAAACUUCUCAAAACUGCACCAAGUUUCGAUGAAACACUCAAUGCGAGACUCUCUUCAUUCCACCACAUUGCACAAGCUGAAUCAAUCACUGAAGAAGCUCUUUUGUCACAUGACGAUCACGUGUCUGGCUCUCUCUCCCCACCACCCAUACCCCCAAAGACCCCUAUCACGGAUGAUGCACGCCAGCUGCAACACAAGAAACCUGUUCCACCACCCAGGAGGUUUCUAUCACGAUCCAGACAAGUUUCUUCACCUGGUACCUUAGGGGCACAACCUGAGAUCGAGUCACAUGACCUAUUACUAUCCAGACAAGCUUCGUCACCUGAUACCUUUGGGGUACAGCCUGAAAUCGAGUCACAUGACCUAUUACGAUCCAGGCAAGUUUCUUCACCUGAUACCUUUGGGGCAAGGCCUCGGAGUGAAACACCUGAUCUUUCAGAGCAAGAGAUGGUGUCAAGAUUAGCUCGUCGUAGGGUCUCAAGUCGCGUCAACAGUCUCUACUCUCUCGCCCCACCUCCUGGCUCACCCCAAGACGUUCCAGGAGGCUUUGUGUUUCGAGCCAACAUCGACUGGUCUUUAUCUUCCGAUUCAGAAGAGUUCGACUACGAGAAUGUCAUACCGCCAUUAAAUCCUAACCGAAGGCUGUCGACAGAUAUCACAGAUGCGAGGAAACUAGAUUCCCCCCCGUCAAGAUUUGCAAAGCAGAAUUCUAAACCGACUCUAGCCCAGAGCAACAGUGACUAUGUAUCCGUUUCACAAGAACCUUUGAGCCCUUCCAAGAUACGCGAAGACGACAAAUUAAUCAAAAAGUCAUCACCAAUUAUGACCAAGAGACCCAUCUGGUUCAAAAGAGACAGUGUCACGAGCACCAGGACCACACCCGAUCUCAAACGGGUCCCGAAAAAUAACAAACUAAAGAGACGUUCGCGGUCCUUGGAUGCAAGCAUGCAGAGGAAGGUGUCUUGCCCCGUGGAUCACUUCCGGGACCAAGCAGUGACGCUGUCCGAUUCCGAGGACACCACGGGAGGUAGCGAGAGUUACCCAAAACCGUUUCAUCAUAUUCGAAUGAGAAAGAGGUUUAUUAGCAGUCGUCCGACCACCAGCUCCAGCUCUCUGGGUUGUAUCGAUAUGUUUACCACCUCUGCCGACUGGCAUUGCUAUGACGAUGACUCGGAAUCAGAAGACGUGUACUAUAUAAACCCUAAUGAAGUGGCGAGUCGUUUUACACCAAAACAGAACACUCUAGACUCAGUGAGAAUGGCAGACAGUACUUACCUGAUGUUAUCCGAAUAUGAGCUGGACAACAUUGUUCGUAAUUCUCCUCAGCGAAAAGUUAAUGUCUCUGCACACUCACCUUCACCCCUUCCAAUACCAAUACCAAGUUCUGAUAAUCACAUUUCCGAAUUCAGAGACAAGAAUCACCUUCAGACUGAUAGUAGAGGAAUGAGCGAUGCCACUUCUGAGAGCGGUAAUGAUGAUUCUGAGGAGAACGAAAAUGGGAACAUUUACGAGAAUCUUGAUAACGACAGAGGUUCACCCAUUUUUGACAACCACAAUCAUACCCCUAUUGCAUUUUCAUCGAAAAUGAGUACUGACGACAUUUAUGCUCAGAUUGACGAAAUCCGAGACAGCGUCAACUCGAUUCCUGCCUACCUCUCCAUCUCGAAACCCUCCUCAACCGAGAACGUUGCAGCUGUCGUAGCAGAGCGUCAAAGGUUUGACACCAGUGAUAUGGCUAAGGAUGAUGGAUAUGCUCGAGUGGGGGUGGGCCGUAACGAUCAAGCCCCGUUACUACCUCCAAGACCCCCCAACUUCACCAGAUUGAGGCCCAGGAACCAUGCCAGGACUGUGCCAGGGAUUGGCUCUCUGCCGAGAUACACGACACUUGGUGGGAGUGAGAAAGAGGUUCAACUAGUCCCUAUAGGCCAGAGCAGUUUGUGGCAAAGUAGCGAAUCCCUCGAUACCGUACCCCCUUCUCCUCCUGGCCCCACCCCUCGUCCCGACUCCGCUUCUCGUAACCCCCAACCAAAGACUUUCCCUCGCAAGUCCAUGCAACAUUUUCCUGCCACUCCAAACCUCCACUCAUCAGAGGAGAGACCUCUGUCCGAGCUUCCCUCAUACAACAGUUCAUCAUCUUCACCUCCCCUCUCUGUAAUGGCUGCGUCCCUGAGGAAGGUGUCUGUAGCUCCCAAGAAACACUCCACCCUUCCCUCUGCCACUGUACAAAAGGCCACUCCUCCCACAGCCACACCAGUUCCUCUGGAGAAGUCUGGCUACUUGACACUCCACGAUGGCAAGCAAAAGUCCAAGAAGAAGACCAGCAAAUGGUUUGUGCUCCAGGGGACAGAGCUCAAGUACUAUGCCAGCAAAGAUAGGAAAGAGAAAGAGGCGCGACGCAAGACUUCCAAUAACAACACUAUUAAUCUAGACAAGUGCUGCAAGCUGUCCACUAGCGAUAGUAGGACAGGGUUUCAGUUGGACAUCUGUGGCAAGGCAUACCGAUUCUCUGCAGCUGACGAAGUGGAGUGCGAGGAGUGGUUGAGAGUGAUCACGGCAGCAAUGCAAGGGGUGAGGCCAUGCUCUAACUCACCUGACGAGGAGGCUCAGAAGAGGUCACUGUCCGGAUGGGCACGAAUGAAUGGAAACUCGCAGAAAGUGUGGUGUUUUCUUGAGGGCUGUUUACUUGUUGUCACCCCAGAGCCUGGAGCGGAGCCGAUUCGUCGUCUCGACAUUGAGCAUUGCUCGGUGAAGAGUAAGAGGGACAGUAUCAUGUUGGACACGUCUGUUUCCAGCCUGAGUCAAAGCAUGAGUCUCGUGCUCAAUAUACGACACGAGGAGACACAAGAGGUCACAUUGUUGCAGCCCAUCAAGCCCGGGAAAAUCGAGGAGUGGUGCUACAUCCUCAACUCCCUCCGUUGUGAUGACGUCGGUCCGCAGCUCACACGAACGGAACAGUUCCUCUCAGAGAUCAUGAAGGAGAAUCCAAUCAGUCAUCUCGAUCACCCGAAAUGGGGAAACCCGAUUUUCAAAGUGGCUGCCAAUCCCAUGCACGAUUCUCUUAUCUCCAUGCCAACGACAAAGCUCAAAGAGCACGCUAGGAGUCUGUUUCGAGACCUGCAACAUUUUAUGAACAAAACAAUUGAUCUUACAAAUCUGGAAUUCCACAUGUCCCUUGCGCAGAAGAUAAUUGGACACUGUCUUUCUCACUCCCAUCUUCAGAACGAGGUCUACUGUCAACUGCUGAGACAGAUGGCUGGACACACCACGCCCACUGCCACACCUGUACUGCAGGGUUGGCUCCUCCUCUUCAUGCUCAUCCCAAUGUACCUUCCCUCGAGGAAGCUUAUCUCGUGGUACCUGACCAUCUUCUUGGAACAAUCCGUCUCUUCAAAGAGCCCCGUUAUCUGUGAGCUAGCCAGGAACUGCCAGAACAGAGCCAAGCAAUGUUCAACUAGUUGUUUCAGACAGUGUACUCCAACUUACUUUGAGUUGAAGACUCUCUUUGAGGAGUUCUCUAUCUCUCCCUUCGAGCCCCCCACUGGCUCCAUGGAAACCGACGUCACUCUCUCAGAUGGCUCUGUCCAUAGUGUUGUGUUCUCUACCAUGACGACCGUGUCAGAGCUCGUUUCAGAACUCACAGAGAGAUUGGGGCUACCCGACUCUUUGGACACGGGGUUUGCACUCAUGUGUGACUGGCCGGGGGUCAGUGAUGGCCUCCUUUGUUGUCCUUUUGCCGAGAGCAAGGUCUGUGAUGUCGUCUCAAUGUGGACACUCUCAAUAGAGGAGCUCAAUCGAAAUUCAUACAUGGCCAUCUCUGAGCAGAGGAGCAUCACCUUCUUGUAUAAGAGGAGACUUGCGUUCCAGGAUCGUCAAGGUGAUGAAUCAGGAUUUGAGUGCAUUCUCCUCGCCCACCAAAUCAGCAACAAUGUGCUCACAGGGGUUCACCCAGUGCCUCCCAAAGAUGCCGUUCAAUUGUCGGCCAUAAUGGCACAGCUUGAAUACGGUAAUUGCAAAUCUGUGGCCACGGGUGAGCUAGAGACAGUUGCCAGGGAGGCUGUCGAGCGGUUCAGCCCUUGGAGCCACACUUUCAUGGCUUUGGAGCACGAAUGGCUACGCCUGCAAACCGAGCUGACUGAGAAAUGGCGCGGACUUGCUGGAAAGAGUCGUGAAGAGUGUGCCCGUUUGUAUUUGAGUAUUGCUCAGGCUUGGUCAUUGUGUGGGGCAAUUGUUUUCAAGGCGGAGCAACAUAAUGGACAGAGCACCCCCCACCAACACUUGUUUCUGGCCAUUCAUGAAGGCGGGGUCUCCCUUCUCAAGCAUAAAACAAUGGACGUACUCAAGUCUUACAGCUAUAACGAGAUUUCCACUUUCGGGGGCUACGGAGAGGAAGAUUUUAUGCUCGUGGUUACCCCCAGAGACGACCCAGACAACGUGACGAGCGUGACGACCAGAGGAGAAAAGUUGCUGCUCUCCAUGGACAAGAUUCAAAUCUGUGAAGCCACGUUUCUGAUGGCUUCUUAUAUCGAGAGUCUGAAAGGAAGUACCGAACAUUUGUAAUGUGUUUUCAGUUUCGAUAUUAUGUGUUCUAUUGUUCUGUUCAUAAUUGUAUUACCCAACCUACCCAACCAUCCGUCAGUUUUGCUACGUCAUUUUUUACUUGCUGAGCACAAAAUUAAUAAUUUCACUAUGA